GGAAAGCUGCCCCGAUUUGGAUGGUGCCUCGUCAUUCUGAGACCGACACACCACACCACACCUCACCGCACCGCAACCCCAACUCCCGCCGAUUGCAAGAGCUGCUCAGAGGGUGCAUCCCGACGAUGCGGCCCAGUCGAUCGCAGUUCCGGCCAUGGCCCUGAAGCGGAGACAAACGGCCCUCGCGGCGGCCGUCGCCUUUUUCGCUUGGGGCUACGCCGUCGGCUGGUUCCCCGUGCUGCGCUGGGCCGGCUACGCCUUCGUCGCGGGCAUCGUCGCCAGCGUCGCGGGCCUCGUUGCCGCGCUGCUCCUCACAUCACGGCGCCCGAGGCGAGCGGGCGAGCCGUCGUCGGCGCUGCCCCGCGGGGCCUCCUUCAACGACGCGAAGCGAUGGCGGAUCGAGGUGGACGCCCUGAGGAAGAGACAGGAAUACGCGAGGCCGGAGCUGGAGCUCGGCUCGUCGCGGGUGGCCGAGGCGGUGGACGGCCUCCUGAGCUUAAUACUCCGCGACUUUGUGCGCUCCUGGUAUGCCGGCAUCAGCGCGAACCCCGUGUUCCCCAACGAGGUCGACAGGGCGGUCCGGCUGGCCCUCGCGAGCCUGCUCGAGCCGCUGCAGCACAGAGACCUGGCCGAGCUUGUCACCAGCCGGCUGGUGCCCAUCAUGACGGCGCACUUCCACGACUUUGCUGAGGCGGAGCGCUCGGUGCGGGGUAGGAAGCUUAACAGGUCCGUCACCGAGUCGGAGGAGCUCGACCUCGCCAUUGCGUCCAAGUUCCGCGACGGGCGCCUCCAUCCCGCCGCGUCGCUGUCCUUCCCGGACACUAAGAUGGUCCAGCAGGACUAUCUGCGGUCGCUCGUCGCGCGCGUCCUGCCGAGGGUCCUCCCGGAGAACAUGGUCUCGAGCCGGGCCGUAUCGACGCUCAUACGUGAGAUCGUCGGGUGCGCGGUGCUCUUCCCCGUCGUGCAGCUCCUGUCCGACCCGGAUACGUGGAACCAGCUCAUGGAGAACUACGGCCGCUCCAUGCUGCAGGACAGGUCCACGGUGCGGAAGCUGAGGGCUGCGCUCGACCAGCAUGCCUCGCCGACGCCCAAGUCGGUCAAGCAGGCGGCGGCGGCGCCGCGCCUAGCGCCGGGGGACAGCGAGCGCAAGUUUGAAAAGUUUAUCCGCGGCAUCAGGAAGGUCAACAACCUCUCCGAUGCGAGGCGCUUGCGCAGCGAGGUCGCCAGCCAGCUGAAGCGCGACUCGUUGCAGGAGAACCAGGACCCGGUGUACUUGAGGAGGCUGGAGAUGGGCAAGCGACUGCUGGACCAGAGAGUCAGCCACUUUGCCGCGGGCGGGGACCGACGAGCUACUGCCGUACCCUUGAGGCCGCCGCUCCCACCGGCGGCCUCUACAUCGCGUCUCGAGAACACCACGCUUGUCGAGCUCCUUCGCGACUCCUCGGGGCUGUCGUACUUCAUGGAGUACAUGGACCGGCAACAACUCAUGUCACUCGUGCAGUUCUGGCUCGUCGUCGACGGCUUCCGCAACCCUCUCGAGGACGACGGGCCCGACGAUGAGCAGCCUGCGUCAACCCUCACCAUGUGGACCGAGGCGGACAGGACGGACCUCCAGCAGAUCAACCAGGCGUACCUUUCCAAGCCGGAGCUGAACGUGCCCAGCUCGUCGAAACGAGAGGUCAGAGAGUUCUUACAAGCCGGGAAAUCGGCCACGCCUGCGCAGUAUCACCGUGCACGACGCGCUAUUCUAAAAGCGCAGAGCGUGGUGCUGGAGGAGAUGCAAUCUCGAUACUUUCACGCCUUCAAGAAGUCGGAUCUCUAUUACAAGUGUCUCGCUUCGCAGGAAUCUUCUACUGCGAGCCUGAUACCCACCGCUUCCUCAGAAUACCGCGGCCAACCCCCUCAGCCGCCUAUGCCCAGGUCGACACAAUCAUAUCAGUCAAAACCUAAGCCCUUUUCCAGACUCGUCCCGCCGUCUGACCCGUUAGAUCGGCGCUCGGGAUCCGCAUCGGAUCUGCGAGCGCUCAAUGGCAAUGGAAAUGGGAACGCCGUAAACGCCACCGCGACAGGGCGCAGGUCCUUGGAUGACGGCCCGGCGGCGCCUCUGUUUGACGAUGACGACCUCGAGAACGAUGGUAUGCUGGACUCGGUGCAGAGCCUUGACCAAGACGGGCCCAUGCACCAGGUCCCAGACACGCAGGUCGUGCGCGCCGUGGAGGAGGCGCUCAACAACAUCAUGGAUGACGACAGACCACAGACUGCCGAAGCCCUUCGCGCGUCUUUAUUCGGGGCGGAAGAUAACGAAGGCAGCUUCCUCUCCGGACACGACAAUGACUCAAACCGAGGUUCGAUAGACGUAGGCAGGCCGCCGGCUGUCGGCAAGGAAGGCGAGAAGCCGAGCCUCUCUUCCCUUGGCCUGGUUAGCGCGGCGUCCCGAAUAGGAGUCUUUGUCGACGAUGACUUGUUCGAUGACGAGGACAAGUACCUUCCUGAUGAGGACGACGAAGGGGAAAUGGCAAAGGGCGCCGCGGACGAAGACGAGGUGCACGAGGCGGCGCCCGGCGAUCUUGGCCUCGCGGAAGCCAUCACAGCUCUUACAAACGACAUUGACCGCCUGGUGGCACAGGAAGCCGUCGUGGACUCGUUGACGAGGAAGGCGGAGCUUACAAACAACACGUCGGAGCUGCGCAUUCUCCGCAAGUCCAAGGCGAGCUUGCAGAGAGAGAUACGGCGCAAGGAGCUCCAGCGGCAGCAGUACGUGGUGCAGGAAAGCGACAACAGCCUGUACGGGCGGUCGACGAUCCGAAUCAAGAACAUACAGGUGGGAAGAGAGGAGGACGGGCGCGAGUUUGCGCUCUACGUGGUCGAGGUGCAGCGCAACGCCGGGGAGCAGAUGCCGGCGGCGUCCUGGAUCGUCACGAGGAGGUAUAGUGAGUUCCACGAUCUUCACCAGAAGCUACGGUCGGGGUAUCCGUCGGUGCGGAACCUGGACUUUCCUAGGCGGCGCAUGGUGAUGAAGUUCCAGAGCGAGUUCCUCCGCAAGCGGCGAGAGGCGCUCGAGAAGUACAUGCGCGAGCUGCUGCAGCUGCCGGACGUGUGCCGGAGUCGCGAUCUGCGGGCGUUUCUGUCGCAGAGCGCGAUCGCGCAGGGGCAGGACAUUAUGGAUAGGGAGGAUAAGAAGGACAUGAUGACGCGCCUUUACGAUUCGGUGGCGGACGGCAUGGACGACAUCCUGGGCAACAUCCCCGUGCUGGACCAGAUCUCGGUCGCAGGGCAGAACCUCAUCGCGGCGGCCACCAGCCAGCUCAACUCGAUGCCCCUCAAUGUCAACGAGGAGACGUUUCCCGCGGCCGAGGCCGAGGCAGAGCUCAACGCGUUCGAGAACAAGGAGCUGGAGCCGUUCAUCAAGCCCAUCUGCGACAUCUUCCUCGAGGUGUUUGAGCUGAACCGCGGCAACAACUGGCUGCGCGGCCGGGCGGUGGUUGUCGUCCUACAGCAGCUCCUGGGGGGCACCAUCGAGCGCAAGGUGCGCGACAACGUGCGGGCGCUUGUGCAGGAGGAGUCGUUGCUGCGGUACAUUGGGCUGGUGACAGACAGCCUGUGGCCCGGUGGGCAGCUGCGGCGCAACCGCAAGCCGCGCUCGGAGGCGGAGAGGAAGAAGACGCGCACUGAGGCGAGCCUCAUGCUUGCCACGCUGAUUCCGGAUCUCGCGGGCAGCGUGGUGGGCAGGGUGAACGCGCAGGCGGCGAGCCGGCGACUCUUUGCCACAUUUAACAACUCGCGACUCAAUGCACAUUUGGUCUUUACGAUGCUGGACGAGGUGGUUGCCAUUUUGUUCGACGAAGGACUGACAUGAUGGCGGCCCGUAUUGCGUGAUGGGAUUCGACAGCUGGAGGUGGAAAGGUUGUGUUCAUUUGCACGUACUUGAUACACAUUUCGGCGUGUUCAAUGAGCGAGGCGUCUACGGGGCUUGUAGUUCUUUUGUAAAGGGAGAGUGCUUUUAGGGGCAGCUGGCUUGUGUGACUGACUGCAUCGGGCUUUGAAGGCGAUGCGACGACAGCUCGACUUACUACUAAUGUCGAUGUAUGACCGCAUGGCAUGUGCGAUGAUGGUCUAGGGGCGAGUGGCCUGUGCCGUCGUACAUACGUACAACGUAAAUCAUUUCCCCGCAUAAGCAUUGUACGUGUGUAUUUACUUUUAAUAAAAAAAAAAUAAUGCCGA